UCAUGUGUAGUUUUAUAAAGUCUUUGAGGUGCAUAUAUAUACACACACAUUACACAUAUAUAUAUGCAUAGAAUAUAUAGAUUAUAGCAUUUUCCAAUAAGUUUUGUGUUUGUUGGUUAUAUAUAUAGUUCUCUCUUCUUCUUUUUCUUCGUCUUCGUUCAACUUCUUGUGAGCGUGUUAGUGUGUGUGAGAGAGAGAGACUCAAAAUGGCACAAUUGCCACCAAAAAUUCCAAACAUGACACCCAAUUGGCCAGAAUUUUCUUCUUCUCACCAAAAGAUGCCAUCCCUCAAAAGCAUGUCACCAAAUAGUGUAACAAACACAAACGUGUCAAACCAAAACCCUUCAUGGGUUGAUGAGUUUCUCGACUUCUCGUCGGCGAGACGUGGUGCCCACCGGCGAUCGGUGAGUGACUCCAUCACCUUCUUGGAGGCACCAAUGCUUGAUCACCAUUGCAAAGGUAGUGGUGACAACGAAUUCGAGAGGUUCGAUGAUGAACAAUUCUUGUCCAUGUUCAGUGACGAGGCUUCGGGGAAUACCAUGAUGCCACCUCACACGUUGUCCUCUUCCAACCCUUCUACACCGUCCGAUCAUAAUAGCAUCAACGAUGAGAAAGAAGCCAACAAGGAAAAGGAAGAGGCGGAAGAGAAGAAGCAAGUGAAGAAUGAAUCCGAUGAAGAAAGCCAAUGCAAGCUAGAGCUUACACAAGCUCCCAACAAUGAUGAUAGGAAUAAUAAUAAUCAUAGUAAUGCAAAUACAACAACUUGUUCUAGUGACAGAAUCACUGACCCCAAAAGGGUUAAGAGAAUUUUGGCAAAUAGACAAUCGGCUCAAAGAUCAAGAGUGAGGAAGCUUCAAUACAUAUCGGAGCUUGAACGAAGUGUGACUUCAUUACAGGCCGAGGUUUCAGUAUUGUCUCCACGGGUUGCAUUUUUGGAUCAUCAACGGUUGCUUCUGAAUGUUGACAACAGUGCUCUGAAGCAAAGAAUCGCCGCGCUGGCCCAAGACAAGAUCUUCAAAGAUGCACAUCAAGAAGCAUUGAAGAGAGAGAUAGAGAGACUAAGGCAAGUUUAUCACCAACAAAACAUAAAGAAGAUGGACAAUGCAGCAGGGUCACCAUCCCAAUCUCCAUCCCUAUCACCAAAACCACGAUGUGACUCUCAUUCAGAAAAGGAACAGCUUAUCAAUGUUUGA